AUGUCUUUUCACAUCAACUCGCCUUUGCCUUCCAGCUUACAAUCCGAAUGUCGUAAAGCAGCAAGGAUCCUGAACAGCUUUUGUGAUCCAGCUGAAGAACUCGAAGGCAUUAUCCCUCCAGGAAUCUUGAAUGAGGCGAAAGGGCUUGCUAUAUACUCGGUACUCAAGGGCGGGUUUCUUUUCUCGGCACGUGCUGGAUCUGGGCUUGUGAUUGCAAGAUUAUCAGAUGGUUCAUGGAGCGCCCCAAGUGCCAUUGCAACUGGAGGUCUUGGAGUAGGUGGCCAAAUAGGUGCCGAGUUGACCGAUUUUGUUAUGGUCCUGAAUACCACUGCAGCUGUUGAAACCUUUAUGCAUCAUGGUAGCAUUACUCUUGGUGGAAAUGUAUCAGUCGCUGCUGGUCCUUUGGGUAGAAAUGCCGAGGCGUCAGGGACAGCAUCAAUCAACAGCGUAGCAGCCGUCUAUUCGUACAGCAAAACACGUGGCCUUUUUGCAGGGAUCUCUGUUGAAGGAUCUGUGAUAUUGGAGCGUUCAGAUGCCAAUGCCAAAAUGUAUGGACGUCGAGUAUCAACUUUUGAAUUAUUGAAUGGGACCAUCCCUCCUCCACCACAAGCUGAUCCUUUGUACAAGGCACUACAAUCCCGUAUAUACUCGCGUACAUCAAGCACUACCCGUAGCACGACACAUAGCAACACCAGCAUGGAUAGCACAGACAUUAUGCAUCGCGCCGCAGUAAUAAGUGGAGGUUAUGGAGGAGGAUACAAUCAGCAACCACAAAGUCGACCACUUCAAGCACGUGCAUUAUUCAAGUUUGCAGGCGAGCAAGCAGGCGAUUUGGCAUUUGAAAAGGGGGACAUCAUCACCAUUAUCAAGAGCUCGGAAACUCAACAUGAUUGGUGGACUGGCUCAAUUGGAACACGCAUUGGCAUUUUCCCCGCAAAUUUCGUUCAGCUGCUUUAA